UGCAUGCAUGCAUUCGCUCUCAUUGGAAGGAUCCUACUUGAAAGAAAGAUGAAAAUGAAGAUGAAGAUGAUGAAGUUUAGGUCAGUUGCAUUCUGGGUAGUAAUAGCUAUAGCUAUAGCUUUCAGAGAAGCAGCAGCAGCAGAAGCCCAAGCCCCGGCUCCAACCCCACCCACCACGGACCCAACAACCUCACCCCCAGCCCCAAGCAGCAGCAACGACAACAACAAAAACCUUGAACUCGAUCAGAUGCAUAAAACAUGCAAAGCCACCCACGAUUACGACCUAUGCAUCUCAACACUACAAGCCGACCCUAGAGACUUUUACUCAGACGUGAAGGGCUUUGCAUAUCAGAUGAUUACGGUGACAAACAAUAAGGCGAUGGAAACACAGGAAGAGAUAAAGGGUCAACUUAAUAAGGAUGACACAGUACCACCAGAAAAAGUUAAGGACCCAAAAGUAAGUAUGGGUCCUCAAAUAAGGAGACGUUUCCUCAUCUGUAAUGAUAUGUACGAAUUGGCUAUUGAGUAUUACCUCUCUGCAGCCCUUGGGUCAAUACGUUUAAGUUCUUUUGUGGAUGCGAAAAGGGAAUGCAAUGAUUCUAUUCAUUUACUUCAUAAUUGUGCAAUACAACUUACUAAUGGAACAUCACCGGGCCAGGGUUUUGCUAAUUUAUUUGAUCAAGACUCAAUUCUUGAUAGGAUUAAGAUGGAAACGAGUCUCAUAAAUUUAUCUUUGGACAUCCUCAAUACCCUUUAGUUUUUAAGAAAUAUUUCCCUAGCUUCAUUCUCUCACUCUUCAUCAGGCUGCUGCUUCGUGCUUUCUUAAUUGGGUCUCUCUAUAUAAUCCUCAAUGUAUACCUCCAUUAUGAUAUUCUACUAGCCAGGAAGGGUCCUGGUUUCACUUUGAAGAUCGAUUAAUCAUCUUUCUAUGAGCUUGGGAUUGAUGCUGCAAUAUUUGUUUCUGUCUUUCUCUUGGUUUCUGCUAAUGGUAAUGCCGAAGGUGGAUUUGUAGCCCAAUGUCAUUUGUAAUUUGUAAUUCUUUUUUCCUCUAUUAAUAAAGUUUUCUUGCUGAUUCUUAGCAAAAA